AUGUCGAUUCAACUUCAAUAGUAAAUUAAGAAUAAUGCAUUGGAAAUCAAAGAAUAUAUACACGAUCUCUAUGAUUGGGAAGAGUCAGUGAACACAGCUUAAAAGCCAUAAAAAAAAUAAAAUUAACAAAUAGAUCCAAACUCAGUGCCAAUAAGAGGCAAAGUUGAAUAGGAGAAGCAAUCUGAAAUAUUAAAGAAAUAAUUGAAAAGAGAUUAGAAUUCAGUGUAAAAUUAUUAUGAUGCUUGGAAUAAAGUGGAUGUGGAUAAAUUGCUAGAAGAAUCUGACGAUCCCAUAGUAAUGGAUGUUUACAAAAAACCCUAACAAACAAAUAUUAAUAAUAAAAUAGUAAUAAAAGGUGGUAGAAACGUAAUUAAGUCGCAAGUGAUUCUAAAUAAAGAGCAAGCCAAUGAAUUAUUUAAGCUAUAAGAAUUUUAAAAAGCCAUUGAAAAAUACACUGAUUGCAUUUAAGAAUUAAAUUAGAAAUAGUCCUUAAAUGAGGAAGAAUUAGAAUAAUUAGUAAUAAUUUAUUCGAAUCGAGCUCAAUGCUAAUUAAAAUUACUUGAUUACAAUCAAGCUUUAUUAGAUUGUAACAAAGCAUUAAGUUUGAAUAGCAACCAUUAAAAAUCAUUGCUAAGAAGAUCGACAGUUCUUUAAGAACUAGGAAAAUGGAAGGAAGCCUUAAAGGAUAGUGAAAAGCUUGUUUUGUUAGGAGAUCAGGAUGCCAAACAAAUAGUAGCAAAACUCUAGAAGAAAAUUUAGGUGAAAAAGGAAAAUGCUAGAAACUAAUUGAAAUAAGUCAAACCUUUCAUGAAUGAUUCAGUGACAGUCUAAGUUAUUGAUUAAGAAAAAGAAGACAUUAAUGUGGAGCUUAAAUCGAAUUAUUUAAAUGAAAUAGACGAUUGA